AUGACCACUCCAUUGGUCAACAAGAGAAAGAUCACAGAUGGUCUAACUGUCACCUCAAAGGUCUUUGUGAGAUCAAGAAAUGGGAAUGCUUCCAAAAUUGUCAGAGAACACUACUUGAGAAAUGAUAUACCAUGUUUAUCCAAGAAGUGUAACAAAUGUUUCCAAAUUUUAACUCCAAAUGCUCAAGGCGAAUUGCCAAAGUUUAUCCUCAGUGAAGACCCAUUAAACAUUAAAGCUCUUGGUGGUGCCCAUUAUGUCAUUGUCGAUACAAAUAUCAUCUUGCAAGCUAUUGAUUUAUUGGAAAAUAAUGCAAUUUUUUUCGAUGUUAUAAUCCCACAAACCGUUUUAGAUGAAGUUAGAAAUAAAAGUUUCCCAAUAUAUACAAGAAUAAGAACUUUAUGCAAAGAUAAUGAUAAGAGAUUUAUUGUUUUCCAUAAUGAAUUUAAUGAAGAAACUUUUACCAAAAGAUUAGAUAAUGAAACUAUAAAUGAUAGAAAUGAUAGAGCUAUAAGAAAUGUGGCAAAAUGGUUUCAAUCUCAUCUUGAUGAUAAAAUCAAGAUGGUUUUAAUAACAAAUGAUAGAUUAAACAAAGAAGCUGCUUUGAAAGAUAAAAUAAUAACUAAAACUUUACAUGAAUAUGUUGAUUUAUAUCCAAAUGGUGAAAAUUUCAAAGAUUUGAUUCCAACUGAAGAUUCUUUCAAACCAAGAGAACAAUCAACAACAAUUUACUAUAAAGAUUAUUAUCCAACUUCAAGAUUAAUGGGUGGUUUGAAAAAUGGUACUUUAUAUCAAGGUGCUAUUAACAUUUCUUCAUAUAACUUCUUGGAAGGUGAAAUUACUAUUCCAACUUUACCAAAACCUCUAUUAAUCUUGGGUAAUGAAAAUUUAAAUAGAUCUUUCAAUGGUGAUUCUGUUAUAGUGGAAUUACUACCGAAAUCUAAAUGGAAAAAACCUUCAACAAUGAUUAUUGAUGAUGAAAAUUUGAAUUCAAAUGAUGAUCCAGAAAAUGAUGAUGUCACAGAAUUAACGGAUAAAGAAAGAAGAUUAUUAACACAAGAUGCAAUAAGUACUCAAAGUAAUGAUCAAGAUGAAUUGCAACCAACAGGUCGUGUUGUUGGUAUUGUGAAAAGAUCUUGGAGAUUAUACGUGGGGCAAAUUGUUGCAAACUCUGUUUCAAAAUCUUUAACAAAUUCUGCAAAAUCUUGUUUUGUUAAACUAAUGGAUAAAAGUUUACCAAGAAUUAGAAUUAAAACAAGAAGAGCUCAAGAAUUAUUGGGUAAAAAAAUCGUUAUUGCUAUUGAUUCUUGGAAUACAACUUCAAAACAUCCAGAAGGUCAUUUUGUUAAAUCUUUAGGUGAAAGUGAAUCCGUUGAAGCUGAAACUGAAGCUUUAUUAUUAGAACAUGAUGUGGAAUAUCGUCCAUUCAGUAAAAACGUUUUGGAUUGUUUACCAGAAGAAGGUCAUGAUUGGAUAGUUCCUCAAGAUUUACAAGAUGAACAAGUUUUGGCAAAAGAUCCAUUAUUACCAAAGAGAAAAGAUUACAGAGAUAAAUUGAUCUGUAGUAUUGAUCCUCCUGGUUGUGUUGAUAUUGAUGAUGCCUUACAUGCAAAGCAAUUACCAAAUGGGAAUUGGGAAGUUGGUGUUCACAUUGCAGAUGUUACACAUUUUGUUAAAGCUGGUACUGCUUUAGAUGCUGAAGGUGCUUCAAGGGGUACUUCUGUUUAUCUUGUUGAUAAGAGAAUUGAUAUGUUGCCAAUGUUAUUAGGUACUGAUUUGUGUUCUUUGAAACCUUAUGUGGAAAGAUUUGCAUUUUCUGUUAUUUGGGAAUUAGAUCAAGAUGCAAAUAUUGUUAAUGUUGAUUUUAAUAAAUCAAUCAUCAAAUCAAGAGAAGCAUUUUCAUAUGAACAAGCUCAAUUACGUAUUGAUGAUCAAUCAAAUCAAGAUGAAUUAACAAAAGGUAUGAGAGCUUUAUUACAAUUAUCCAAGAAAUUAAAACAACAAAGAUUAGAUGCAGGUGCUUUAAAUUUAGCAAGUCCAGAAGUUAAAGUCCAUAUGGAUAGUGAAACUUCAGAUCCUGGUGAAGUGGAAAUUAAAAAACUAUUAGAAACAAAUUCUUUAGUUGAAGAAUUUAUGUUGUUGGCAAAUAUCAGUGUUGCAAGAAAAAUUUUCAAUGAAUUUUCACAAACUGCAAUGUUGAGACGUCAUUCACCUCCACCUUCAACAAAUUUUGAAAAAUUAAAUGAUAUGUUGAGAAUUCGUAAGAAUUUAUCAAUUUCAAUUGAAUCUUCAAAAGCCUUAGCAGAUUCUUUAGACCGUUGUAUUGAUCCAAAUGAUGAUUAUUUCAACACUUUAGUUAGAAUCAUGUCAACUCGUUGCAUGAUGGCUGCUGAAUAUUUCAGUUCUGGCUCUUAUGGUUAUCCAGAAUUCCGUCAUUAUGGGUUAGCUGUUGAUAUUUAUACCCAUUUCACUUCACCAAUUCGUCGUUAUUGUGAUGUUGUUGCUCAUCGUCAAUUAGCUGCUGCUAUUGGUUAUGAACCUUUAGAUUUAACUCAUAGAGAUAAGCACAAGAUGGAAUUGAUUUGUAAAAACAUUAACAAGCGUCAUAGAAAUGCUCAGUUUGCUGGUAGAGCUUCAAUUGAAUAUUAUGUUGGUCAAGUUAUGAAAAAUAAUGAAUCUACAGAAACUGGAUACAUCAUUAGAGUUUUCAGUAAUGGUAUUGUUGUUUUGGUUCCUAAAUUUGGUGUUGAAAGUUUGAUCAAAUUAGAAGAUUUAACAAUCCAUGUAAAUGAUGCUAAAUUUGAUGAAGCUGAAUAUUCAUUAAAUUUUAAAACAAAUGAUGGUGAUAGAAGAACUGUUGCUGUCUUUGAUAAAGUUCAAGUUGAAGUGAAGUCUGUUUUGGAUCAAAGUGUUGGUAAACGUAAAGCUCAAUUGAUUUUGAAAUAG